AUGUCCUCACCUUUGAAGAAUGUGGCAUUGAAGUAUUUAGAAACCAUCAAUGAUACCCCCAGCAAAUUACCUUUACAGCCUUCUUCCAAGUAUAAUAGAUCUACAUCUAGUGAAGAUCUAGAUAAGUUGGCAAUGCAAUUGAAUGUCAAUCCUGUUUCAACACCUACUAAAACUGCAUUAUUAAGAACAAAAUUCGAAACACCGUCAGUUACUGUGUCUUCAUUCAAGACUCCCCUGAACUUUUCAUCUUCAUCCAACACCUCAAGUAGAUCAGCAUCCCCCAUCAAAAGAAAUAGAAAUUAUGAAACCCCAUUAUCCAGAAAAGAGAUUCCAGACUUGAAGACUUCAGAUUCUUCCAGUUCAAGACCUUAUUUAUCAUCCCCCAGUAAUAGCACAUCUAAAGAUUCUCCAGGUUAUGAAUACUUAUGUAGAAUUUUAUCAAUUAAAAACUGGUUGCAAGAGAUAUUGAAUGAGGAGAUCGAUAAGACACCAGCAGAAUUAAUCACUGAUAUCAGAAACGGGAUAAUAUUAGCCAAAUUAGCUAAUGUAAUCUUACCAACCAAAAGAUCCGUAUUCACCAAUCCAAAAUUACAAUUCAGACAUACCGAAAACAUCAACAGAUUCUUCAAAUUAAUGGAUUUCUUAAGUGUACCCGAUUUGUUCACUUUCGAACUCACUGACUUAUAUGAUGCUAAAAAUGUACCCAAAGUUUGGUUCUGUUUACACGCUAUGAGUUAUAUGUUACAUAAAUCCAAUUCUUCCUUACCCCAAAUAGAAAGCAUGGUGGGUAAAGUUGAUUUCUCCCCUGAGGAUAUCAGGAUUGCCAAUAGAUCAUUGGUGGGUACUGGAUUGCCUAAUUUUUCCAGUGCAGAUAACGAUGAUAACGUUUCUGGAGAAAGCAGUUACAUGAAUAGAGCCAUCGCUACUUCACCUUCCAAGCCCAGUCCAAUCAAAUUGAGUCCUAUCAAGUUGAACAACGAAAAACCUGAAUUCAAAACUCCCGAAAAGUCAAAACCCUCUGACACUGAUGAAAAUAUCUUUUACACGCCAAAAGAACAAAUCAUUGAAAGACCAAGCCAUUGGGAAACUGACUACAAGGAAAGUAAAUAUUAUACCCCAGAAUUGGACGGACUUAUGACAGAAAUCGUCAAACUUCAAGCUUUGAGUCGUGGGGCUAGCUUCAGAUAUAGAAUGUUUGUCAACAAGAUUAUGUUGAGAUCUUACAGUGAUGAAAUUACACAAUUUAAUUCCAUCAUUAGAGGUAACGCUGCCAGAUUGAGAACCAUUCACAGACAUAGAGAUGAAAUAUUGUUAUUCAAGUAUGAGAUUAUGGAUUUACAAGCAGUGGCCAGAUCGAAGCUUCUAAGAGCUCGUGCCAAAUAUGACUUGAAUAAAUUUGAAAAAUCUAUGACAGAGUUCCAAAGUAAGUUAAGGGGAGAUUCAGUAAGGAACAGAGUGAAAUCCAUCAAAUUCGAAUUGUUACGUCAUCAAGAAUCAAUGAUUGAGUUACAAAGUCAACUGAAGAUGUUAUUGAUUUACAAUAAAACAAUGAUAGUCUUGGAAAAUAAGGAGGAGAUCGAGCCAGCUAUGGUUGAAUUUCAAUCUGCCAUAAGAAGAGUUUUGUAUGAAAGAUCAAAAAUCAACAAUUUGAUUUCCAACCUUGAGAAUUCUGGAGGUUUGAUAGACUUACAAUCAAUCAUCAGAGGUAAAAAAUUGAGAGAAGAAUACUUCACCAAGCUAUAUGUAUUGAGUAAGCAAAGAAAAAGAUUGACGUUGUUACAAGCUGUUGCUAGAGGUGGAGUUGCCAGAACUCGUUUGUGUAAUAAUGUCUUGAUUACUUUGAUGCAUGAGGAUCUUAUUAUGAAUGAGUUGUUUGCCAAAAUGAGAGGUAACUUAAUAAGAAACAAAAUCAAUACUGAUAAACAAUUAUUGGAAGAAUCCGAACAUCAAGUAAUUCAAGUACAAUCACUUUUCAGAGGAGUGUUGAACAGGUUCCAGAAAGAUUUGAUUGUAGAAGGUUUAUAUGAAGAUAUUUUUGAAAUAAUGAAUCUUCAGUCAAUCAUAAGAGGAAACAAGAUAAGAAAGGAACUCAAUUCUAUUGACAAUUAUUAUAUUGAAAGAUUAGAUCAUGUCAUCAAAGCUCAAUCAUUCAUUAAGAGAAAUUUCGAUCAAAGAGCUUAUAAAUCUUUGAUCAAUAUGAGAAAUCCUCCGUUAUCCAUUAUCAGAAGAUUUGCUUACUUGUUAAGUGAUAAUGAUAUGGACUAUGAACAAGAAAUGGAAUUGUCUGAAUUGAAAGAUCAAAUUAUAGAAAAAUCCAAAGCUAAUGAAGAAUUGGAAACUUUGAUUGAGAACCUUGAUAUAAAAUUAGGUUUGUUGGAUAAAAACAAAAUCUCUUUAGAAGAUUUCAUCAACAACAAAUUCAAAAAUCAUAAGGUCAUUGAUGAAGAGGUCAAUAAUUUAAACAUUGAAAAAUUGAACAAAUCUUCAAGAGAGAGAAUUGAAAAGUAUCAAUCUUUGUUUUAUCUUUUACAAACCAAGCCAGUUUAUUUUGUUAGAUUACAUGAAAACAUUGACUUCCCUUUGAAAGAAACCCCUGAAUUCAAGAACCUUCAAAGUUUCAUAAUGUUAUUAUUCCCAAUCAAAGAUUCAUCAAUAAAUUUCCAUUCAAGAGAAGAAUUCUUCUUAUUAAGAUUGAUUUUGUCCUUGAUGGAUAGUGAUAUUAAGAACUGUAAAAACAUGACAGAUUUAACCAAGUCGAACAUGUGUUUCUGGAUUGAUUAUUUACUCAAAUUAAAUAAUCAUACCUACCAAAGACUCCACUUGAAGUCUUUACUAGGAAAGAUUGUUACUAUGGUAAUCGAUGAUGACGAACUCGAUUUUGAAAGUGAUCCAAAAUUGAUUCAUAAUGAGCUUAUCAAUAGAGAUAUGAAAAUCAACGGGUUCAGUGAAAGAGAUGCUUCUUGCUCUGCUGCUAUGGCCAUAAAAGAUCCUGAAGUAUCAUCCAAAUUUGUCAAUAACCUUAUGAAUUUGAGAGAGUUUGCUACAGAGACAUUAAACAUGUUAGAUGCUGUAGUGGGAAAAAUUCCCUUGCAUAUAAGAAUCAUUGCAAGAAAAGGGUACGAUCUUUCCAAAUUGAAUUUCCCAGAGAAAUCUGAAACUCAACAUUUAUCCGUUGCUGGGGUUAUGUUUUAUAAACAUUACAUUGCUAGUAUAUUCUUCAAUCCAGAAAAUUUCGGAUUCUUAGCUAACGAUCCUUUCAACCCUGGAAUUUUCAGAGCUAAAUCCAAGUUGAAUUUGAAGCAUUUGAGUAGAGUCAUUAUGCAAGUAUUUGCUUUGAAGCCUUUCAAUGACAAUUUUCUCAAACCUUUGAAUGAAUAUUUACGUAAUUCCAGUGACAUAGCUCAAUCAAUAAUCCAUAAAUUGAUUGAUGUUAAUGAUAUUGAACAAGAAUAUAAAUUGAAUGAUUAUGAUGAUAUCGUCACCCACGAAAGACCUAAAUUAACUAUGAAAGUUAGUGAUAUGGUGGAGAUUGAAAAGAUUGUUCAAAGAAAUAUCGAUGUAUUAGCUCCAAGUUUUGAUGAUCAGCUUUAUGUUAUUGCCAAUCAAUUAGAUAAUGCUAUCAACUCUACUGAUGAUUUGGUAUCGUUAAGUGAGUUGGGAAUGAUUUCUUUGAGCCUUAAUCCUACAACCAAAGAAGAGUCUAUUGCUGACACUAAAGGGAAUGCUCUCUUCACACAAGUCAAAAGAUCAGUGUUGUACAUUAUCAGAGUUCAAGAAGGUGAUGAACUUGUAGACUUAUUGAUCUCAGGAAUUCAACCUAAACAUGAAGAAAAAUUCAAACAAAUCACUACCAGUGAAAUCAAUGAAUCACAAUCCGACAAGACUCGUAAAAAGGCUUACCAUAAGACUUCUUUGGGUGAUUUGACUACUAUUUCUUAUCAUGAAUUAAAGAAGAAAGCUUUGGAAACUAUUUUACAAUUGGAAUUCAUGGGAUUGGUAUCUAGAAACGAUUCAUACCAACAAAUUCUUAACCAAAUUGCUGUAGACAUUAAGACCAAACAUCAACAAAGAGUAUCAAGAAAAUCACAACUCGAAAUUGCCAUCAAAACCAACCAAAAGUUGGUAGAAAAAUCUUCAGUAUUACAAAGACAACACAAAGACUACAACGCUCAUAUUGAUAGUAUUUUGUCUCAAUUACAACUGAAACCUAAAGACAAAAAGUUGUUUAAUAUUAUACCGAUAUUCAGUAAACAGUACUUUUACCAUAGAGAAUUGAAAAAAUCUAAUAGAUUGCCCAAAUUCGGUUCAUAUAAAUAUUCAGCUAAAAAACUUAUGGAACAAAAAAUUGUUCUUGAUUUUGGAGGACCUUUGAAUUCAAGGUUCAGUUCGUCUUCUAAACUCGAUUUUAUGUUCAGUUGUCAUCAACCAGGUAAGUUUACCAUCGAAGCAGCUAAUGGAUCUGUUAACAUUCCGGGAGCAUUUAGUUCAAUAUCUUUGGAUGAGAUCUUAAAUCUUCAAUAUGAAAAUAAACCCAAAUACGAAGCUUUUGACGGUAUGGUUGUUUUUGAUUCCAUGAAUUUGACAAGUUUCAUAUUCAAAAAAUUCUAUGACCUCAAGAAAGAGUAA